CUCUCCCAUGUGACGGGGGUUUUGGUUGACGGGAGCGUGCGCAGGCGCGGGCAGGCGGGCAUGCAGGCAGCGGCCGGGCCGUGAAGAUGAGCAAACGCAGCGCCGUGUCGUUCGUGCGGCCGCCGGAGCCCGCCUUCCUGCGGCGCUUCAAGGAGGCGGUGGGGUACACGCCGGGGCCCAGCGUCCACACCAAGAGACAGCUACAGGCCCCGGUCGACAGUGACAGCGGGCCAAGCGAUGGGGAGGAUGAGCAGCCACAGGUGGUCGUGCUCCAUCAGGGGGACCUGACUGCCGAGGAAGCUUCAAAGGUCAAAGAGACGGCAGAAAGCUCCGAGAAAUCCCAGCCUGUGGACGGCAAGAUUGUGUUUCGGAAGCCAGCAAAGCGGUCUUCAGAUGACAAGGUGACGGGGGUCUUUAGCACCUCCAGCAAGAAGAAGAAGGAAGAGCAGAGCAACAGGCCAGACGCUACAGCCUUGGAAAACAAAGCCAAGCAAGUGAAGAACAGCAGCCUGCUUUCAUUCGGAGAUGAUGAGGAAGAUGAUGAGUAGCGUGAGGGGUGCAGGGUCUGGGGGGGAGUUGGGACAGAUCCCUCUGGUCACAUAUCCACCGAUGGACUUGCUCACAAGCUGAGGUUGGUCAAACUGUAGAGGUGACCACAGCAGCCAAUGCUCUGGGCAUUUGUCAAUGCCAGUGCCCACCUCUACCCCCUUGGAUUCAGACAACCCCAAUCCAUCAGCUCUGCAUAUAUAUAUAGUCACAGUGUACAUGACUUGUUUACUGUUCCCCGCAUAAAUACACACACAUAAACACACGCGCACACACACACACACACAUGCAUACACACAGGCGCACACACACACGCAUGCAUACACACAGGCACACACA